UUCGAUGAGAAGCUCGGAGUGUAUCUGAUUUCAUUUUCGUCCAUAAAAGUCAUAAAGACAAUACUAUAACACAUAGUACUACUUUGCUAGUAUUAGAGACAGAGAGAGAGAGAGAGACUGAAAGAGAGACAAAACAGAAAACUCAAACAAAAGCUAUGUUCUUUCAUAUGUACCACUACAUCCUUUGCUAUAUAUAAAUAAACACCAGCUUUUAAUCCUCUUACUCACUCUCUCACCGACCAUUUUGCUGUUUCUCUCUCUCUCUCUCUCUGAAAAAUACUAGUUUUGUUUUAUAACUCUUCAGCACUUCACUUUCAGGCUCUUCUAAACGCUUUCUUUGUUUCUGAAAAACACAAAACUGGUGCUGGUUCUUGGCAUUUGGUGGCAACUCAGAACUGGGUUUAGCUGGUUUGACUCGGACCCACAUGCCUGAGUUCAAGUUAUGAGCUUUGGAUCGUGAAAGUUUGGAUUUUUAUUUGUUUCUUGGAGAUUUCGUGAAAUGGGUUCAGUGGUGAAGCAAACACUCAAGAGUUUGUGUUGCAGUGAAGGGUGGUCUUAUGGGAUUUUCUGGCGUUUUGUUCAGAAUGAUUCUUUAUUGUUGACUUUUGAAGAUGCCUAUUAUGAAAAGCAAGUUGAGGCAGUGAUUGACAUGCUUCCCCAGGUCCACAUGAUGGGUGAAGGAGUAAUUGGCCAAGCUGCUUUCACUGGGAAACAUAGAUGGAUGUUCUCAGAUGCUCAUGGUGAAAAAUGGGAUUCCAUUGAUUCUUUUGAAUGUCAAGAUAUAUUCCAGGAUGAUUCUGGUUUUCGUCGCCAAUUUUCCUCUGGAAUUAAGACAAUUGCUGUGAUCUCUGUGGCACCACAAGGAGUAGUACAGUUUGGAUCCACCCAGAAGGUAUCGGAGAGGAUGGAAUUUUUGGAUCAAACAAAAAGAUUGUUUCAGGAGAUGGAGAACAUUGAUGAGCUUAUCCCAUUGGAGAAUGCAUUCUCCACAUUGAACAAUGAUAUUUAUGAUCUAAAUGGGUUAUUUGGUACCUUGAUUCCAUCUGGAAAUUCACAUAAUGGAGAUCUCAAUGCCAUGCUUGGCGAUGGCAGUAAGGAGUUAAUGGGAGAAGCUUGUUCUGCAACAUUUGUGAAUGAGUCCUGCCAUUCCAUAUCUGGGAUUCAUGAUGAUGAAGGGAUGACUCUAUUGCUCCGAGAUUUGGGUCAUCCUAAUAAUCAAUUACCAAAAGUUGGUACAGAAGCUCAAAUCUUGCUAUCUGAUACACUUAAUUCUCAGUUCCAGAAAGCGUUUUUACAGGCUACUUCUUCUGUUAGUACAAGGAGUAGUGCAGAUUCUAUCUUGACUUCAUUUGAACCACUGUUGGUGUCUGAAACAAGGAUUCAGGAUUCUCCAAAUAUGAUUACUUCAAAGGCAAAUGCUCUUGAAUCUUGCAGAAAUACAGCUAGCAACGUUCAGGAAGAGUCAACAUUCACCUCAACGUUCAGUGGAGGAGGAUUGAUUGACCUAGGGAAAACAAUUCCAGACAGGUCCAGAAAUCUGAUGGAUGGCCAGCAUUUCUGUCCAUCAAUUCUUGAAACUCAAGGUGAACUUCAAGAAACAGCAACUAGCACGCAUAGAUUUGCUGAGGAGUUUAAGCCAGAUAAUUUUAUAUCCGAAAUCUCCAAGUUCUGUCUGUUAGAUGAUCUUGCUCAAUGGUUUUCUCCCUCACCAGAGCAUAGGAUCAAUGAAAUGGCAUCUGCAUCAAGUAAUGACCUUCAACAAUCAAUGGGAGUUACUUCAGCAUCAUCUUGCCUGAUUGGAGAUGAUGUUUUUAGUGAUUUUCCAAUCAAACAUCCGGGUAAUUCUGUACAAAGUUGCAUCACUACUACAUUAAAAACUGAUGGACAAGAAAAUUCCACGAUCAUGCCUGGUGCUGAAAAUGAUCUUUUUGAUGGGUUGGGAAUGGAUUUUGGAUGUGGUCAGUCUAUGGAGUGUUGGGAAGAUUUUAUAAUGCCAGUAGUGAGUGCUGCUACUGAUACUCGUAUGUCAGAAUGUGUCUCAGAGUUGGAUGUUGGUUCCAUGGCUGGUCCUAGGAAGGGGUUAUUCUCAGAAUUAGGACUCCAAGAACUUCUAGACGGCAUAAGUAGUUCUAAUUCUUUUACCAAAUCUAGUUUUGAGGAUCAAUUAUCCGGUGCUAAAAGAAGCAGAAUGGGUACUUCGUCUGUGAAUAGUAAUCAAUUACAGUUGGCAAGUCUUGCUUGCUCUAGUGGAAGCAUGAACAUAAUGCAACCUGUAUACAACCUGGAGAAGAAAAACAAUGUACCCAAGAAAGAGUUUCUCCCAAAAUCACAGGUAGGUUUGUGGAUUGAUGAUAGCUAUAGUAUCAAUGUGGGAAAUACUGGUCUGGCACGACCUCAGAAGUCUGAGGAACCUACAAAAGCUUCUAAAAAAAGGGCUAGGCCUGGGGAGAGUACUCGACCAAGGCCCAAAGACAGGCAACAGAUCCAAGACCGUAUCAAAGAGUUGAGAGGAAUCAUCCCUCAUGGUGGAAAGUGUAGCAUUGAUUCUCUGUUGGAUCGAACCAUCAAAUACAUGCUUUUCUUGCAAAGCGUGACAAAAUAUGCAGACAAGCUUAAACAAUCUGAUGAGCCAAAGCUUAUAGGCCAAGAGACGGGAGUGGUUCUUAAAGACAACAGCAUGGGUGAUGGCGGUGGUGGUGUUACAUGGGCAUUUGAAGUUGGGGGUCAAACAAUGGUUUGCCCAAUUAUAAUUGAGGACCAUAAUCCACCUGGCCAAAUGCUUAUAGAGAUGCUUUGUGAGGAACAAGGAUUCUUUCUUGAAAUAGCAGAUGUAAUCCGGAGCUUUGGGCUGAAUAUUUUGAAAGGAGUAAUGGAAGCUAGAGAUAGCAAAAUUUGGGCACGCUUUGUUGUUGAGGCAAACAGUCAAGUAACAAGGAUGGAUAUAUUUUGGUCCCUUGUCCAUCUUCUAAAGCAAACAACCACUACUGAGAAUGAUACAACAGAUCAACCUGGUGACACCAUUAAUGGUGGUGUUCCUCAACUGGACAGUUAUCAAAAACCAACCUUGCCGCCUCCCAUAAGCAUGGCUGAGACACUUGGGUGAUGAUUUGAGUGCAUAUGUUAAGAGUUUCAGAAAUACCUUGAGCAUUCACAUGCUGACAGCUUGCCAUGAUGGGUGUUGUGAAAAUUAAAGAGCCACAACUGAGCAAGGAAAAAGAGUUACUGGUCCAUCCCAUUUCCAUUAUCUUUGAAAUGGGAAUGUCAUGUGCAUAGAGUUGAUAGACUAGGAUAUACAACUUUCAAAGAAAAAUGCAAGUGUUCUUUUUGCUCUUGAUAAUGUAGUUCCCAAUUAGAGAGCUGUGAGAGUCUGGGAGAAGCAAUAUCCUCUUACAAAUUCGUCACAUAAUUGUUGAGUUAGGUAGGCUUUCAUACGAGAGACCUGAGGGAUGAUGCAUUGUUUUUUUGGGGGGGGAGGUCUUUUGCUUUGGGUUGCUUUAACCAUAAUCUGUUUAUAGUGUGAAGCUGAUAAAUCAAUUAAUGAUAAGCUAACUACUGAUUUGUUUCUA